UCCGAUGCCAGCACUCUCCCCUAUCUUCUCUCCCCACCCACUUUCCCCCUUUCUCUGUCUUCUUCUCUCCACCAUUCCCCUUUUCUCUCUCACCUAGCAACGAGAGGAAGCGAGUGUAUGCAGAGCGACGAGGCGGCGACGGUGCCGGAGCGGAGGAGGGCGACGUUGCGGCGGCCGGGGGAGGCGGCGGCGGCAGCGGCAGUGCUGGAGCGGAGGAGGGCGGCGUUGCGGCGGUCGGGGAGGAGGUGGCGGCGGCGGCGGCGGAGCAUGUCGUUGGAGCUGAAGUUGCAGGACUUCGGGUUCACCUUCUCCGAGGACGACGUGGACGCCGAGCUCGUCUCCAUCGUGAGUGGGCUUCGGCGGCAGCGCUCGGAUGAGGACGACGCCAGAAAGGCCCCGGCCUUCGCGGUGGCUUCCGCCGAGGAGGAAGCAGCCGGUCGCCGGAUCGGCUUUGCUCCGACCGGCGCCUCCUCGUCCUCCUCAACGCUGAGGAGGCCGCACCUGUCGGAGGUGUGGGACGAGGAGGAGGAAGAGGCAGUGUUCUUUGAGUGUUGCAUUCGAUUGAAACAUUUUCGAUAAAACGGUGAAACAUUAUUUAGUGAAA